AUGACUCGAAUCCAGGCAGAUCUGAUGUUUACGUAUAUUGUAAACCCAUUCAAGAAACUUCCGUACUUUACAGACAAAGAAAUAGAAACAUAUCAUGGAUCGGCAGCAUAUGAGCACCCUCCACAUAUAUAUGCGCUUGCAGACAAAAUGUUUCAAAAUAUGAUUGUUGACGAAGAAAAUCAAUGUGUUAUCAUCAGUGGAGAAAGUGGAGCAGGAAAAACUGAGUCGGCGAAGCUUAUCAUGAACUAUAUUGCUGCUGUCUCAAGCAGAGGGUCGGGCACUACAGCUGGUUUAGUUGAUGAGAUCAAACGCAUUAUUCUUGGCUCGAAUCCUUUGCUUGAAUCUUUUGGAAAUGCAAAAACUUUGCGUAAUAAUAAUUCGAGUCGCUUUGGAAAGUAUUUUGAAAUUAAUUUUUCGAAAAAUGGGUCUCCCAUGGGUGGCAAGAUUUCCAACUUUCUUUUAGAAAAGUCUAGAGUAGUUGGUCCCAGCAAAGGCGAGCGUAAUUUCCAUAUUUUUUACCAAAUGACGACAGCCGCAUCUGCCACAGAAAAGGAACAGCUUGGCAUGAUGGAGCCAAAGUAUUUUCAUUACUUGAAUACGAGUGGGGAAUAUCAUGCUGAUGGGAUCAACGACGUGGAAGAGUUUAAUGGCAUGAAAGCUGCCAUGGAUGUAUGCCAAAUAUCCGUUGCCGAUAAGCAUGCCAUAUUGGGACUGGUUGCUGCUAUUUUGCAUAUUGGAAAUAUUGAUUUUGUAGAAGGAGAGCAACCUGGAACUGCAGUUAUUCGAGAUGUGCAAACACUAGAGUUUCCAGCAUAUCUACUGGGUGUAUCGGUGGAGAUGCUCCAGGGAAGCUUACUAAGCCGAGUGAUGCGUACUGGAGGAAUUGGCUCUAAGCGUGCAUCUAUGUACAAUGUACCGCUUAACGUGGAGCAGGCGCAAAAUACUCGAGAUGCUCUUUCCAAAGCACUAUAUAGUCGAGUUUUUGACUGGGUUGUUCAAGCAGUUAACCGUGCCAUGGCAGACUUGGCUAAAAAUAUGAUACGCAAUAAUCAAAUCCUGUGCCUUGGGGUACUAGACAUUUUUGGUUUUGAGAUUUUUGAUAAGAAUGGAUUUGAGCAGUUUUGCAUCAAUUAUGUCAAUGAGCGGCUGCAACAAAUUUUUAUUGAACUCACACUAAAGUCUGAGCAGGAAGAGUAUCAACGAGAGGGGAUCAAAUGGACACCCAUUGACUAUUUUAACAACAAGAUUGUAGUUGAGCUGAUUGAAAGCAAGAAACCUCCGGGAGUUAUGGCCAUUCUUGACGAUGUUUGCUUUACAAUGCAUGCUGUCACGGAAGGAGCAGACCAAAAGUUUGUUCAAAAAUUGGAAGGUGCCGUUCGUGGCCAUAAGCACUAUCAGGGAACUCAAAGUCAAUUUGUUAUUCAUCAUUAUGCUGGGUCAGUCACAUACGAUUGUGACGGAUUUACCGAAUCCAACAAAGACACUCUUUUUAAGGACCUUAUUCAACUGAUGCAAACUACAUCUAGUCAGUUUAUCCGCAACUUGUUUCCUGAAGAGGUGGAUGAUUCUGAUAAGAAGCGUCCUACGACAGUUUCUUUUAAAAUCAAGAACCAAUCCCAGGAGCUUGUGGAUACCUUGAUGCGGUCUACACCUUCGUAUGUACGUUGUAUCAAGCCCAACGAAACAAAGCGUGCCAAGGACUGGGAUUCCAAGCGUGUGGAGCAUCAAGUUCGAUAUCUGAAUUUGAAGGAAAACAUUAAAGUCAGACGUGCUGGCUUUUGCUAUCGUAACACCUUUGAAAAGUUUUUGCGGAGGUUUGCGAUUCUAACACCAGAGACCUUUCCAAAUUGGCAAGGUCCAAUAAAAGAUGGCAUUGGCAUUGUUAUGAAUUCGGUAUGCAUGGAGCCGAGCGAAUGGCAGCUUGGAGUUGGCAAAGUCUUUAUCAAGUCUCCAGAAUCAUUGUUUUUGUUAGAAGAGCAGCGUGAUCGAAAGUAUCAUCAUUAUGCCAAGAUUAUACAGCGUGCUUAUCGCAGGUGGAAGAGUCGCAAGUACUUUUUGGAGAUGCGUAAAAAGGCAGCGGAUGUAAUGUUUAACAACAAGGAAAGAAAGAGAUUUAGUUUAAAUCGCGAGUUUCUCGGAGACUAUAUCAAUUUUCUAGAUAAUCCAAUUCUUAAAAGUCUUGUUGGAAAAGAUGUGAAGGCAGGCUUUGUUGAUGCUGUUACAAAAUACGAUCGGAACUUCAAACCAACUCAGCGGGAAAUUAUUGUUUCAGACACUCAUUUGUUCCUUAUUGGUGCCGAAAAACAAAAAAAUGGUCCUAACAAAGGGAAAUUUGUCAAGGUCGUGAAACGCAAAAUUCCUUUGGGUGAUAUCUCGAGUCUAUCCCUCAGUACCAAAUGUGAUGACUUUUUUGUUUUACACGUAGCAUCGGAUUUUGACAACAUUUUUGAGAAUGUUUUAAAAACAGAGCUUGUUGCUGUGCUUAGCGAAAAAUUCCAAAUCGCCACUGGGCGUCCCUUGGUGAUCAAUUUCACAGACACUAUUAAAUAUACUGUAAAAAAGACAACCUGGCAAAGUGGCGGUAUUUUGGAGCUUCGGUUUAUUGUUGACAAUGCUGUUCGACUCCCUGUUGCCAAACAUUCAAACAAGGUGACUGAGAUCCGAGUAAGUCCCGGUUUACCAAAAGAUUCAAAGCCAUUCCCAAGAACUCUGUUUGAUAAUCAAAAGAAGCAAACCAAAGUCACGAAUCACCCCACUGCCCAGUAUGUACCUUCUGCGGCCAACCAGUAUCACUCACCAAACCACAUCGUGUCACCACCACAGCAAAUGCAACCUCAGCAGCAUCAGGUUCAGCAUCAUCAGGUUCAGCAGCAAAUGCAAUCACAACAGAUUCUCAAUCAGUCGUUGCAAUCAUCUAUUGGCCAGCGAGCCGCCAAUUUAUCUGGAAACACCACUCCAUAUGGAUCCAACAAUCAACUUGGCAGCAUUUCAGCGGUUGCAGCAGCUGCUAAAAAGAAACCUGUUCCUCCACCACCACCUGCUAAAAAAGUUCCGAGAUGCACAGCUCUUUAUGACUAUAAUGCUACAGAAGCUGAUGAACUUUCAUUUAAAGUCGGUGAGAUUGUAGUGAUCACCUCCAAGGAUGAUCCAGGCUGGUGGACAGGCACUUUGAACGGCCGAAAGGGGCUUUUUCCUUCAAAUUAUGUCCAAGAGAAUUAGUCUCUGUAGAAGCAAGACUUUUUUUCUGUGUCUGACACUUUUGGGUAUCCUAUCAAAGACACCAAACCAAAACAGAUAUUCAAUAAAACAAUUUAUCAAUGUUUAACA